CUUUCGACAUCUUUCAGGAAAUGAAUGUGAAGAAAUAAGAAAAGCAGGAACUCGAAGCUCUUGAAGGCGGACGAAAGAGUCGCUGGAGGAAGUUUUACUCGAAUGUUACGGACGCCGCCGCGAGUACGAGAAGAUGCUUAUUAAGGAAUUCCGAGUUGUUCUUCCCAUUUCUGUUGAAGAGUACCAGGUUGCCCAGCUCUACUCAGUGGCUGAAGCCAGUAAGAACGAGACUGGAGGAGGAGAAGGAGUGGAGGUACUGAAGAAUGAGCCCUAUGAGAAGGAGGAUGGAGAGAAGGGGCAAUACACACAUAAGAUCUACCACUUACAGAGUAAAGUGCCCGGCUUUGUGCGGAUGCUGGCACCAUCAUCGGCUCUGAAAGUCCACGAGAAGGCCUGGAAUGCUUACCCAUACUGUCGCACUGUUAUUACAAAUGAAUACAUGAAGGAUAAUUUUAUGGUCAUGAUUGAGACGUGGCACAAGCCUGACUUCGGUGACCAAGAAAAUGUACAUAAACUUGAUCCAGAAGCAUGGAAGAAGACUGAGGUUGUUUACAUUGAUAUUGCUGACAGGAGUCAGGUAGAAGACAAGGACUACAAACCUGACGAGGAUCCAGCUACUUUCAAGUCAACAAAAACUGGAAGAGGACCAUUAGGACCUCAGUGGCGAAAAGAGCUUCCUCAGAAGACUGACUGUCCUCACAUGUGUGCCUAUAAACUUGUCACUAUCAAGUUUAAGUGGUUUGGCUUGCAAAACAAAGUGGAAAGCUUCAUCCACAAGCAAGAGAAGCGCUUGUUUACCAACUUCCACAGGCAGCUCUUCUGCUGGAUUGACCGGUGGAUUGACUUGACAAUGGACGACAUUCGACGGAUGGAAGAGGAGACACAAAGGGAACUUGAUAAGAUGCGAGAAAAGGACCCAGUAAAAGGGAUGUCUGCCUCGGAUGAGUAAAGGCCCUGCAGCUGGCACUCUCUAUUGCCCAGUGAGCAGCAGUAUUGUUCAGGUCCCAGGCGGUGUUCAAGAGGAUGCCCUUCCUCUUGAUCCACUCCACUAUGGUGCCUCCCUCAAGUCCUUCUUCCCUAAACACAGAGCCUCUACAUCACCAUAAAAACCUCUUAUAACUGAUUUCUACACUGAUCUAUAAUUCUAAUACUGAUUCUUCAAGUUUAUUUUUAAGUUUCACUGCUUUUAUUUUAGAAAUAUAUAUUUCAUCACUGCAGACACCCCCUCCUCCUCCACGUUUUUAUUGAGCUUGCAGACAACUGAGUUGUUUUUUUUUUCUUUUCAUUUUUUUAAAAAUAUUAUAAUGAUAAUAAUAAUUAUUAUUAUUUCCCUGACAAUUUGUAUCAGCACUGACACUACCACUGUAACACCAUUUUUGUCCUUGGUUUCUUUAAUUAGUUUAGCUCUAUCUAUUUCUUUCAGCUACAUUUCCCCCACCGUUGUGUGCUCCUAAGCUGCCUUAGGGGUGACAGAGUCGGUUACCCUCUAUGUGUGUGACUGUAUGUGUGUAGGAGGUUUCAAGCUAGUACUUGAUCCUAAUGACGUGACCCACCACUUUUUACACAUCUGAAAAUGGUUGUUGUAAGCAGUAUGGUGUAAUUGUGUUUACAUGAGGUAACCUCAGCCUGAUUGAAUAUGCAUCCUGGGUUUAAGGGAAUGAGGUUAUUUAGCACUGAUGUGACUUCGCCUUUAUUGUAACUGUCAACACAUCAGUGCUGCACUCACUUUGAAUUUGGUCUGAAUGUUUGGAUUUGUCUACUUUUGCCUCAGUUUUUAACUAGGGCACAUAAGAGAUUAUUUAUUCACUGGGUGUUUUUACAGUUUGUCAAAAUUUCUGGGCUUAUGAAACACUGUGUAGGGCUGACGAUUUUUCUACUCUUCUGGAAAUUCUAUCAUGAUUUUGAAAUGGAUCAAUAAAAUGACAUAUAUGUAU